AGAGAACUGACAAUAAAUUAAGACAGACAGACAGACAGAGAUAACUAAGAUAAAUAGAGAAACUGAAGUAGCAACAGGGAGAGAAUGAGAGAUUGGGAAGAGUGAGGUAGAGACACUUUGAUCUAUUCGAAGGUGUUAAAAAAAAUCCUCAAUGCAUAUAGAACAAUUCCAUUGCCAAAUGUUGGCCAUGUACUGGAUGCACAUCGUUCUGGGUUUUAUUCUGUUACCCAUUAUUCAUCUGGUGUACAAAGCCUACAGGUUCUAUUCUGAACACAUUUCAAGAUUACAUUACAACAAUGAAAAACGACUCGAUGGUAAGACGGCGUUAAUUACAGGUGCUAAUUCAGGCAUAGGAUAUGCCACGGCUCUAGAUUUCGCCAGCCGAGGAGCAAGGGUGCUUUUGGCAUGCAGGAACUUGAGUAAAGCUGUAAAAGCAGCUGAGAGUAUUAUCAAAGAAACCGGUAAUGAGAAUCUCCGAACAAUACAAUUGAAUCUCAGUGAUUUAGAGUCUGUGAGAAGACUAGCGCGACAGGUCAUCAGAAAUGAACAGAGGUUAGACAUUUUGGUAAACAAUGCUGGAACAAGUUUCUCUGAAGCACCUACUACACGUCAGAGUUUUGAUUAUAUAUUUGGAGUGAACUAUUUGGGGAGUUUUUUACUCACUUACUUACUCCUGGAUCUGCUGAAGAAGUCAGCACCAAGCCGUAUCAUCAACGUGAGCUCUUUUGUACAUCGUUAUAUCAAAAAGAAACCAAAAUUGAAUCGAGGUUCCGAAACAAACAAGGUUAAAUACCCAGGUCUCAGUGGAUAUCACAUGAGCAAACUAUGCAAUAUACUUCAUGCAAAGGUCUUGACAAACCGACUUUCUGGCACUGGUGUCACCGCUAAUUCCAUGAAUCCAGGAUUUGUGGCAACCAAUAUUUUGAACAAAAGUAACUCAGGUAGAUUUCGUAAAUUUAUGUCUUUCUUUCUUUCCGUGUUAGGUCGAAAAGCAACGGAUGCUGCCAAGACAAUUGUAUACAUGACAUUGGAGGAUAGUCUUGGUGAGGUUUCAGGACAUUAUUUCCAGAAUGUGGGCCUUAUUGCCUCAGAAAAACUUUCACCACUUACAAGAGAUAAGGAAUUUAUUUUUGAUUUAUGGGAUGUCAGCAUGAAAAUGUGCCACGAAUAGCAGAACAUUGUAGAUUAGAACAAACAAUUUACAUUGUACAUAUAUACACACACACACACACACAUACUUCAACCCCGAGCAGCUGCUGACAACCCUACAAGUCACAAGUGAAGCCCACAACGGAGUACUGGGAUAAUACUACUGCUACACACAGACAGACAUCUUGGGUCACACCCACGGAAAUGUCACUCAACUGAUUGGCAUUCAAUCACAUCACUAAUGGACAUACUCCAGUCUCUAACCCACAAGCAUGCUUUUGUCCUCAUUCUGUCUUUUCUGCUGCCGUUAUAAUGGCCCCUGUUUCUCUGAUCUGGCUAAUCUUGUUCAUCCCCCACUCUCGCCUCCCUGACUCACUCACCUUUCCACCUCUUGUUACCUCUGUCUAAGUUCACCCAUCCGCAAGCCCUGGACCACAUUCAGUCCUCCUCUCCUCUGAACAUUGGCCCUCUGGAAUUUUCUUUCCUACAGGAGGUGACUUGCAACAGUGAGUAAAAUGCUUUUUUGAAAUUCACUCAACAAAUUGGAAGAACCAAAGGACAACUUUACCUGAUCCCUAAACCUCUAUUGUCCUCAAGCAUAAGAUAUACAGGCCAACAAAAGAAGUGCUACAUGGUCAGACCAGCUGUUAAAACUAGCAGUCAAAUCAUUCUCAAAUCACACUGCCCUGUCUUAAAAACAGAGGGAAACAUUUAGUAAGAUAGUCUUUAAAAUCAGACUAGAUGGUCAUGGCUUGAAUGCCCUUCAUCAUAGAUGUACUGAUCAGUGCUAGCCUGGGGCUAAACAACAACAACAAAAACCCAUAAGACAUCCAAUUCUACAUAGGAUGUAGAUGUUUUUAUUGUCAGAGGAGUUCUUAGAAAUAACAGCCAAAAUUUCUUUAAAUCACACUCUAGAAUUU